AUUCACUACAAAAAAGACUACGCCAUAUGGUUUGUGUUCCUCAAAGACUCACACUCCUCUAUUAUAUGUAUGUGUCUGUUCCCCCUACAUUCUGCUCCAGAAACCAAAAACAUUCCCACUCUUAACUCAAAACACAAUGACACAACAAACAACAACCUCUUCCUCCUCACAUUCGGGCCCAAGGGCCCAGGCCCAGAAACAGAGCAAGAGGCCCAGGGACUGCAGCAAGCACCCGGUGUACCACGGCGUGCGGAAGCGGAACUGGGGCAAAUGGGUGUCCGAAAUCCGGGAGCCACGCAAGAAGUCCCGAAUCUGGCUCGGAACAUUCUCCACUCCCGAAAUGGCGGCGCGAGCCCACGACGUGGCGGCCCUCACCAUCAAGGGCCAGUCAGCAAUCCUCAACUUCCCCGAAAUUGCAGACCUGCUCCCUAGGCCCGUCACGUGCUCCCCACGUGACAUCCAGACCGCGGCCACGGCCGCGGCCUCCAUGGUUAAGUUCGACCCUGUGACACAAUCCUCAGACUCGGAGACUCCAGAGUCUUCGGAGCUGAGCGAGAUUGUCGAACUUCCCAACAUUGAAGACAGCAGCGUUGACUCGACACAGGAGUUCGUCUUGGUCGAUGUUGUUGACAGUUGGGUGUUUCCCCCAAUGGGAAUGGGUUCAGAGGGAAUCGAGUUCUGUGCCGCUUUUUCUGAUGAGUUAUUUCCGCAACAGAGUUUUAUUGGUUCCGAGAUAGAGAUACUACCCAUUUGGGAUUGAAUGGUGAGUGGGAUUCAUGUGCCUUUUGCUUGCUUCACGUGGGAUUGGCAAAUACUAGCAUUCAUGGCUGUUUUGCUGUCAAUGGUCCAGGGCCACUUCAAUUUACUCUCUACUGUGUCUGUGUGCACUAUAUUUUUCACACUGUUACUUAUAGUUAUAGUUAGUUAGCCUUAGCAUUUAGCAAGUUCCAUUGUCUUCAACUUCAAUCCCUUUCUUCCUUCCUUCCUUCCUUCUACCGAGUAAUUUCCUCUGUUUUAUACAAGUAGAAACAGAAAAUAUGUGAAUGCCAAAUAAAUUUUUACCACAUUACCUUACUGUACAGAAGAACUAUAGUGUUUUUUAAGAAUGUUCCCAAAUUUUCCAACUACAUCUUUUCUGUAAAAAUUCUCCUACAACUAUAACCUCUUUUACUUCCUUUGUAUGAUACUGUUUACUUUUUUGAAUAAAAUUUGACAGUGUUCACUCCGCGAGUGAUGA